AUGAAUAACAAAAAUACAUACUCAGAUAGUGAAAGUGAUGAUAGCGAGAGCGAAGAUGAAGAUUUCAUUAACAAAUUUAAAAAUAAGCAACUUAUAGGGCAAAUUACAGAAUUGUAGAAUUCAAAUACUUAGUAGAAUGAGGAAAUUAGAACUGACUCAGAAAAUUCUGCAAAUGGGUUUAAUUUUAAGUCCAAAAUUUAAGAAUAAACAAAUUAAAAUGGAUGUUUUUCAAGAGAAAACUCUAAUAAUUCAAUACUCAACUCAUAAAAUAGUCAGCCGUUAUAUAUUCCAGCUAAAAAAGUGAAGACAAACAUAAAAAAAAUAUUGUCAGAUGACUCAGAUGAAGAAGACUCUCAUAUGAAGCAAUCCUCUCAUAAUAAUAAAGUUAAAAACUCCGAAUAUAAUAGCAGCUUAAAUAAUUCGAAUUCUUAACUUUAGUCUCGCAAGAUAAUGCAUAGCAGCUCCUAAAAUGGUCAUUCAUUUGAGUCUAAAAUAUAAAAAUAACAAUAAGUAGUUUAAAGAGAGCCAGCAUUUCCUUUGCUAGAAGUGCCAUCCUCUUAAGAAGAUUUAGUAGUUAGCACAAAGAAAUAUAAGGAAGUAGAAGCCUUUUUUAAUGAUUUAGCUAGGGGUAGCAAAAAUAUUUUAUUUUUAUUAGGCAGUUCUGGAAUUGGCAAAAAAACUCUAAUUAGUUAUAUUGUUGAGAAAAAGUUUAAAAUGCAAAUACUUCAUCUAAAUAGAAUGAGAAAAUUGCAGUAAAGUGCAGAUAAUGAUAUGGAUGAUGAAAACUCUAGAGCUUUAACAAAUACUUCUUAUUUAGAAAAUCCAGUUGACUUGCUUUUAUAUGCUUUAAGCAGGUCAUAAAGUGCUAGCUUAUACAAGAAUGAAGUGAUAGUAAUGCAAGAGCUACCAGAAAAUGCCUCUUUUUAUGAUUUAAAAAGAAUAAGCGAAUUUAUAAAUACUAGAUAUAUUAAAUCAAGGAUAAAAAGGAAUCCAUUAAUAUUUAUCCUCAACAAUUCAAUUUAUUCACCUUAUUAGAUAAAUAAGUUAUUUAAAGAUUAGUGUCCAGAGUUUUACAAUAACUGCACUACAGAAAUAAACUUACCUAGACCUUCUGAUAAGGAAAUAUAGCAGUUUAUUUAAAAAUAAAUGAGUAACAAUAUAAAAUUUUAAGCUCUAAGCGGCUAUCAGAGAAACGAAAUAAUUCAAGAUAUAGUUAAUACUGCUAAUGGAGAUCUUUCUAAUGCUUUAAAUUAACUUAGAAUGGCUUCUUAUAGCAAAAUUCCUUCUUCUCUUUCUAUAAAAAAUAAAAAAAAGGGAGAAAAUUAGAAAGAGGCUAAUAAAAAAGAAAAAUAGAAAGAUAACGAGUUCACUAUUUUUCACACUAUCGGAAAAUUUCUCUAUAAUAAGAGAAAAAUGAAAGGAUCUAAGGAAGAUCCAAGAUAAAUGACGAAAGAAGAACUCCUUUCAGGAAAAACCGAGUUUUACUUUGAUCCUUUAAAAAUGAUAUAGCAGAUUAAUUGCAGCCAGGACUUUUUUAGAAACUCUAUUCAACAAAAUUAUUUAGAUUUCUAUGCCAAUAUAGAAGAUGUAGUGAAUUAAGCAAACAAUUAUGUUUUGUGUGAUAUUUUUGAUAGAAUUAAUUUUAAUGAAAAAUAUGAAAUAGUUAAAGAGGAAAAUAGUUAUUUAUCAAGUCUGAUUGUUGGUUAAGGUGUUAUGCUUAAUAAUUUAAAUGGAAAAGAUGUCAAGAAAAAAUACUAAAGUAUAGCAAAGAGUUAACUAAGCAAUUUGGAAACAGAGAAAAGAUAAAGAAAGAAUGCAUUAAAAAAAUAGAUUCCCUAUAUUACCUUAUCUAAAUACGUGUUAGAGUUCAAUCAUCAUCUAAGUAUAAAUCCUUAGGUUCUUGCAUAGGAUUUUGUAAAAUUAAAAGGAAGUUGGAAUCAGCAAAAAUAAAUAGAAGAAAAUACAAAUAGUAUAGACAGUAUAGGCUUUGAUUAAUUAUCUGAUGGAGCUAAUGAGUAAUCUUUGUAAUUUAAUAAACAAAAUGGACUAAUACCUCAAAAGAGCAUAGUUGUGUUUAGAAAAGAAAUUAUAUAGAAGGAAAUAAUUGAAGAUGACAUUGAAGAUUGCUGGUGA